AUGCUAAUCAUUAUUCCCCUUCGUCUGUGGCAACUCUCACAAAAACGAAACAAAGUGGUGCGAUCUUGGUUGGUCCUCUUCAAGCUGGCAGCUUGGUUGGGACUAUUGGGUCUUCAGAUUGCUCAAAUAGCCCUAUGGGCCCUUCCGGCAGCCGACAGCACCAAGGCAUCGGUCCAAGCCAAUGUGAUCUUGACAAUCGGCGUGUUUGCUCUCGUUCUGCUUUCAUAUGCAGAGCACACGCGCUCUGUGCGACCAUCCUUCAUUUUGAAUACCUACCUCUUCUGCAGCUUGCUUUUCGGUAUCGCACGGGCUAGAACUCUGUGGCUACGCAGCGUUGACACCUUCAAUGAUACCCUUGCCAUUCUGGCUACAGCAGUAGUCGGUGUCAAACUACUUCUGUUCGUGCUUGAGGCCGUGGAAAAGAGACACAUCCUCAAACCAGAAUAUGCCGGGUAUCCUCCCGAAGCGACUGCGGGUUUCUACAACCGUGCUAUGUUCUGGUGGCUGAACCCACUGUUCAAGAUCGGGUUCACUGGUGUUCUGCGGGUAGAGGAUCUAUUCGUGUUGGACAAAGAACUGAGCUCUGAGCGCCUGCUCGCUCGGUUUGACGAGACAUGGAGCAAAGUAAAAUCAAGAUCCCCCAACACCCUGCAAUGGGAGUCAUUAAAGGCUGUCAAAUGGCCUCUACUUGCUGGCAUCCCUGCCCGAGCUUGCGUCGUGGCAUUCAACUUCUGCCAGCCUUUGCUCCUGGAGAGAUCGCUCUCUUACUUCAACUCGCCUGUCAAUAACGGUACACAAAACAUUGGAUACGGACUCAUUGGCGCAUACAUCUUGGUCUAUACCGGACUGGCGGUUUCAAUGGGCCAAUAUCAACACCUCACUUACCGUGGGAUUACCAUGGUCCGUGGUGUGCUUGUCACAAUGCUAUACAAAAAAGCCAGCUGCCUAAGCCUCGGGCACACUGACCCUGCUAACUCGCUCACUCUGAUGAGUGCAGACGUCGAGCGCAUUACCCAGGGAUGGGCGACCAUGCAUGAGAUCUGGGCCAACUCGGUUGAGAUUGCUCUGGCCAUCUACCUCCUCAAGAUUCAGCUUGGAGUAUCCUGUGUUGUUCCUGUUUGUGUCGCCCUGUUUGCUUUGGUUGGAUCGUUGGUUGCCAUGUCAUUUGUUGUCGCACGACAAGCCAAGUGGCUGGAAGCUAUCGAGAAGCGCAUUUCCUCUACCUCCGGGAUGCUUGGGUCGAUCAAGGGAGUCAAGAUGCUUGGUUUGCAGGAUCACUUCAUGAAGCUCGUUCAUGGUCUCAGGACCAGCGAACUGGAUAUCUCCAAGAGCUUCCGCACACUUCUGGUUUACAACAUGGCAUUUGCCUGGUUUACUCGCAUCUUUGCCCCAAUCUUUACCUUCGGGGCCUAUGUCGGAAUCUCAAGUGAUCCUUUGAGCGUCUCUCGCGCCUUCACCUCUCUGUCGCUAUUCUCUCUUCUGGCAGACCCUCUCAUGACCUUGGUGAUGGCACUCAUGUCUUUCGCUGGUGCCGUGGGAUCCUUCCAGCGCAUUCAACAGUUCUUGGACAAAGAGGACCAUGCUGAUCGCAGGAACAACUCACACACAGUGUCCCAUGAAGACCUCGCUGCGAAGCGUGCUUUAUCAAAAGCUAAAGAGCUUGACUUGUCGUCCAUCAACUCAGACUCAGUCGAGUCGCUCAAGCGCUCCAUUACUCCUACUUCUUCAAACGCCGUUGUUGUCCAAAGCGGAAGCUUUGGAUGGGAAGCCGAGAAGGCCCCAAUUCUCUCGGACAUUACCAUGACCCUCCCCAAGGGCAGCUUUACCGUUCUCGUUGGACCAUCUGGAUGCGGCAAAUCUACUUUGCUAAAGGCUCUCCUCGGAGAAGUCCCUUGUUCCGAUGGCAAGGUAUCGGUCGCAUUUUCCAGCGUCGCAUACUGUGAUCAAACACCGUGGCACAUGAAUGGCACUAUCAAAGACAGCAUCGUCGCGAUGUCUGAGUAUGAUCCACAAUGGUAUUCCUCUGUAAUUCGGGCUUGUGCUCUGGAAGAGGACCUCGCACACUUCCCUCGUGGGGAUGCCGCUGUUAUCGGAAGCAAAGGUAUUGCUCUCAGCGGUGGUCAAAGCCAACGCAUUGCUCUUGCGCGAGCAGUCUACGCCCGGAGAAAGAUCAUGAUCCUCGAUGAUGCACUCAGCGGUUUGGAUGCUACCACCGAAAACCACAUCUUCCACAGCCUGUUCGGGCCUGGGGGGCUUCUUAAAGAAAUGAAAACUUGCACUAUCGUCGCGUCAUCUUCUGUCAAACGCCUUCCCUACUCCGAUCACAUCGUUGUCUUAGACGCAGGUGGUCGGAUUUGCGAACAGGGAAGCUUUGCUUCUCUGAACAAAACCGGUGGAUAUGUGGCCAGCUUCGGACUCGGGCUGCCCGAAUGGCAGCAAAAUCCUAAGCGCCUCUCCGACUCACCCAGCUUCAGCACCAUCGACACUAUCCAGAAAGAAAAGGAGCCAUUGAUCGAAGAGCCAGAGCAUCACGAUGGUGGUGGCGAUCUUGGAAUCUACACAUACUACAUCAACGCCAUUGGAUGGCUCCCUGCGAUCAUUUUCAUGGUCGCCAUGGCCGGUUUUGUGUUCUGCAUCUCGUUUCCCAGCAUUUGGGUGAAAUGGUGGGCCCAGUCCGAUACUGCACACCACAAGCAGGAGUUUGGCCACUAUCUCGGGAUCUACGCGAUGCUUGGCUGUAUUGCUCUGCUCGCACUGAUCGUCGGCAGUUGGCAAAUGAUUAUCACCAUGGUCCCCAAGUCUGGUGAGAGCUUCCACCGCGCGCUCCUGACUACGGUCCUCGGCGCUCCAAUGCUGUUCUUUUCCACUACCGACAGCGGUUCAAUCCUGAACCGGUUCAGUCAAGACUUACAACUCAUCGAUAUGGAUCUUCCAAUUGCUGCGAUUAACACUGUUGUUACAUUCUUCCUCUGUCUGGCACAGAUGGCUCUGAUUGGAGUCUCCUCCAAAUACGCCGCUAUUUCCUUCCCACUCGUGCUUGGCAUCUUGUUCCUGAUUCAGAAGGUGUACCUGCGCACCUCACGUCAGCUCCGUUACAUGGAUAUCGAGGCCAAGGCUCCCCUGUACUCGCACUUCACCGACUGUCUCCAAGGACUGGUGACUUUGCGCGCCUUUGGAUGGCAACACAGUAUGGAGAAAAAAAACAUCGCUCUCCUUGACCACUCCCAACGACCCUUUUACUUCAUGUUCACAAUCCAGCGCUGGCUCACUCUGUCGCUGGACAUGGUCGUUGCAGGAAUAGCUGUUCUUCUGAUCGUGCUGGUUGUUGUCCUGCGUGGAUCAACCCUCAGUGCCGGCUACGUUGGUGUCGCUCUGCUGAACGUUAUCCAAUUCAGUCAAAGCAUCAAGCUUCUGGUUACUUUCUGGACCAACUUGGAGACGCACAUCGGUUCCAUCCAGCGCAUCAAGGACUUUACGUCAACUGUCGAGUCGGAAGACAAGCCGGGGGAAGACCAAGAUGUGCCCCCUAACUGGCCUUCCAAGGGUGCGGUCGCCUUCCACUCCGUCUCUGCGGCCUAUAGACCCUCCGAGCCAGUCCUCAACGAUGUCUCUCUCAUUGUCCCGGCAGGCGAGAAAGUCGGCAUCUGCGGACGCACCGGGAGUGGUAAAACCUCCAUGAUCAUGAGCAUCUUCCGGAUGAUGGAACUAACCAGCGGCAUCAUCACUGUGGACGGAGUUGACAUCAGUCGCCUUCCACAACGAGAGAUCCGCUCACUCAUCAAUGGGGUAUCACAAGACUCCCUCCUGUUCAAAGGCAGUGUCCGAUCGAACGCGGAUCCAACCGGCGACCAUACCGACCGAGAGAUCUUGGCAGCACUCAAAAGCGUCCAGCUCCUCCCUGCGAUCCAAGAAAAGGGGACUCUAGACACCGACGUCGACGAGAUUCACCUGUCUCACGGCCAAAAACAACUCUUCUGCCUUGCUCGCGCCCUUCUUCGCCCAGGCAACAUCCUCAUUUUGGAUGAAGCAACUAGCAACAUCGAUUCCAAAACGGAUGAAAUCAUGCAGCGUGUUAUCAGAGAAAAAUUCUGUAAUCACACCAUUCUCGCCGUCGCUCACAAGCUUGACACCAUUCUUGACUUCGAUCGCAUCGUCGUCUUGGACGCUGGACGGAUUAUUGAGAAUGGAGAACCCUAUGCGCUUCUCACUGAGCCCAAGUCCCACUUUAGCAAACUGUAUGCGAGUGCCAUGGCGACGGAGGAAUCUGAUUGA